AUGUCGGCAACAACACCCAACGGAGCCCCGGCAUCCCAGCCAAAAAAGACCCCACAAAUCCCCAAAGGAAAGACCGAGCUAAAGAUCCUCAUGCUGCACGGGUACACGCAAUCCGGCCCGCUCUUCAGCUCCAAGACCAAAGCGCUCUCGAAGCUACUCACCAAAGCCCUGUCCCCAGCACCAUAUAACCUGCACCCGACCCUCAUCUUCCCCACGGCGCCACACCGGCUGCGCCCCUCCGAUAUCCCGGGGUACACGCCUUCAGACGGAGCCGAAGGCGCAGAAGCCGAAGAAGAUGACGAGAGCGACAACUGGGCCUGGUUCCGCAAAGACGAAGCAACGGGCACGUACCUUGGUUUCGAAGCCGGGAUGCGCGCCGUCGCGACCGCGAUCGCCGACGCGGGCGGCGUAGACGGGGUCUGCGGAUUCAGCCAGGGGGGCGCUGUAGCCGCGCUCGUAGCCUCUGCCCUCGAAAAGCCGCACCGGGAACCAGCCCCUUCCCCUUCCCCAGAAACGGACACAUCCUGGCUCCCCCUCCUCCGCGCCGCGAACAACGACGCCCCUUUGAAAUUCUGCGUCGUCUACAGCGGCUUCUACGCGCCGCCCCCGACCCUGGGGUGGCUGUACGCGCCGCCCAUCGCCACGCCGACGCUGCACUUCCUCGGGUCUUUGGACACCGUGGUCGAGGAGAGCCGGAGUCAGGGGCUGGUCGACCGGUGCGUCGACCCGACCGUCGUCGUGCACCCGGGCGGCCACUACGUGCCGGUGGCCAAGGACUGGGUGCUGGUUCUGGCGGGGUGGCUGAGGAAGCGGUAUGAUGAGCCUGCUGGUACGGCGAAGAAGGAAGAGGGGAAUCUAUGA